AUGUCAAACAAUAAUCACAAUAACAAUAACAAUAAGAGUAACGAUAACAACGAUAGUAAUAGCAGUAGGAGUAUACUCACGAGUAUACAAAAUACGAUGAAUAAUAAUAAUAAUACGGUUCAAGAGAUAAAACCAGAUGACCCAGACCCAGUAGCUGGCUUUGCCGCUGGAGUAGCUAGAUUCUUAGCAAAAAAAGGAAUUGCAGGAACUUUAUCAGGAAUUGUUGAAGAAACAGCAAUUUAUCCAAUUGAUUUGGUUAAAACUAGAGUUCAAGUACAUCCAAACCCAAAUGUUGGGUUCAUGUCAAUGAUGAAAGAGGUUUACAAGGCUGAAGGUUUCAAAGGAAUGUUUAGAGGAUUAAGUUCACCUUUGGUAGCAUCGGCAAUGGUCAGCGCCAUUCAAUUUAGUACAUUUGAAAAGUCGAAUCAAGAGCUAGAAGAGCAUAGAUUGUUUAAAGAUUCACCAGAAACACUACGAUAUUUUGUUGCUGGUGGGUCGGCUGGUAUACUACAAUCAUUUAUAAUCUGUCCGGUCGAUGUGAUCAAGAGUAGAAUGCAAAUUAGCGGACAUGGACAUAGUGGAUCGACUGUUGAUAUGGCAAAGUCAAUCUAUCGAGCAAAUGGACUCAAGGGGUUUUAUACUGGAUUCUCUGCAACUUUACUUCGCGAUGUUCCAGGUCUAGGCAUAUAUUUUUCAACAUACGAAUCAUUGAAACAUGUAUUCAACGUUCAUGGUCACCAUGAUCUCAGUGGAGGAGGAUUUAUCAAAGUAUUACUUGCUGGAGGGUUAGCAGGUAGCGUUUAUAAUGCUAGUACUCAUUGUUUUGAUAUUGCAAAAACAUUAAUACAAACACAAACUACGGAACCAAAAUACAAAGGAACAUUUGAUUGUUUGAAUCAAGUUGUCCAAAAGCAAGGAGUAAAAGGAUUAUUUAAAGGAUUUGUCCCUACCGUCAUUAGGGCAAUCCCUUCACAUGGAAUAGCUCUUUUUGUAUACGAAUUAACUCAAGCCAUCUAA